AUGCGCUAUGAUCGUGAUGAUUACAUAAAGGUCCACUACGAGAACAUUGACGAAAUUCUUUGGGACCAAUUUGAUAAAGUCCUUCCACCAAAAGCAACUACCUACAAUGUGCCAUACGAUUACAAAUCAAUUAUGCAUUAUGAUUCGAAAGCAUUUACAAAGAAUGGAGAUAUCACCAUGGAAACACUGAACCCUGAAUUCCAGGAUAUAAUUGGUAAAUCGAAAGAUGCUACUCCCAGUGAUUACCGCAAAGUUUGCGAGAUCUACAGCUGUGACAUGUGCAUAAGUAAAAGCUUCAACACUGAUGGCGAUCUUAUAAAGGAGGAAAUGACAACUGAGGCCCCAAAUGUAGAAGAGAAUGAAGAAGAGAUCACAAAGGUUAUCGAAGAGCCAGUUUCGACCUUUGAACCAACGUCAAGACCCGUUAAAAGUUGCCUUGACAUCAUUCCGCCUAUCUGUGAAGCCAUGGCUUUAUCUCAUAUGCUUGACUGCCUUGGCAUUGGUGGACAAUUGUGUUGCGCUGCAUGUGCACACUUAGGUUUUUAAAG